AUGCAAGACCUGCACCGCAAACACGGCGAUAUAGUCCGUGUGGGGCCCAACGCCUUGUCUUUCGCUACAUCAGAGUCUUACGUGGCUAUUUACGGUCAUCCCAAGCAGGGCGAAAAGAAAUUCAUUAAGGCCGCCGUGUACGACAAAGGAGAGCGGCGUAUCGCCAACGUCCGGGACCCUGCGGAGCACGCACAACAGAGGAAGCUUCUCUCUAAUGCAUUCAGCGCCCGAGCUCUGCGAGACCAAGAGGUCGUGAUCCACCGUUACCUCGACUUACUGGUGCAGCAGCUCAGUAAACUUGGCAGCGGUGGUCUCAAGCCCGUAGAUAUGACAGCUGCCUAUAAUUGGCUGACAUUCGAUGUAAUAGGCGACCUGGCUUUUGGAGAGCCAUUCGGAGCGGUAGCGGAAGCCUCCUCGUACUGGUCAUCGCUGAUCCUGGAUGCAAUCCUUUGGGCUGGCGUCGUACACCUCAUGAAGCGCAACCCAUUGUUCAGGCUCAUCCUUCCCUUCUUCUGGCCAAAGGGCAUGGGGGAGAAGUUGGAAAAACACAAGGAGCUGGCGAGACGGAAGGCCAAGAAGCGUCUCGAGCUCGGGACUAGCCUGAACCGCCAGGAUUUCUUCAGCCACCUGAUCAAGGACAAUAUACUGACUGAAAAGAGCUUGGUGGGGAACGCGCGGAGCUUGCUCGUCGCAGGGUCCGAGACCACGGCAUCGGGGCUGGCUGGAAUCACUUACUACCUCCUCAAGAACCCAGCAUGCCUCGCGAAGCUGUACGAAGAGAUUCGGUCUGCAUUCAAUUCUUAUGAGGCGAUCACUGGCGACUCAACGGCUGCCCUGCCUUAUCUGCACGGAGUCAUCGAGGAAGGACUGCGCCUGUUCCCGCCUGUGGCAUUUGGGCUCCCCCGUGACUGCCCCGGCGCUGUCAUCGACGGCGUCUACAUUCCGGAGGGAGUCGUUGUCUCGACGGAAAACUAUGCCUUGUCUCGCGAUCCGCGCUACUGGGUCGAUCCGGAAUCUUUCCGGCCGGAGAGGUGGUUUGGCGAAGGGCUGGGCGACGACAAACGGGCUUUCCAGCCAUUUUCAACCGGUCCACGUGCUUGUCUGGGGAUCAAUCUCGCAUAUUUGGAAAUGCGUGUGGCCAUAGCCAAGAUACUAUUCACCUAUGACCUGGAGAUGGUCUCGCAGAUCGAGGACUGGAACAAGGCUUGUAAGAGCUACGGCAUGUGGAAGAAACCGGAAUUGCUGGUCAAGUUUCACCCACGCCUCACGACGCAGAGCCUUUGA